GAAGUCCGUAGCGGCGCAUCAUGUCUUGCGUGUAUAGACGAUCUCCGUACGAGUCCGUAGUGUGUGCGUGGAAGAAAAGCCUCUCUGGCUGCCAUGACCGAGCCGGACCACACUUGCUGCUCCCGGGCCUGACCGACUGCCGCGUCCGAGAGAGCACCGUCGCCUUCCCGGCGUUGUUACGUCCUGCUUGCGGUGGUUUAUGGUGACAUUUGUGCGACGUCGAGGCUAGCUGGCUAGCGGAGAGCAGCCAUAACAGUCACGUUAGCAAAACAGGCUAAUUAUCCCCCCCUUGGAUUACACUACUUGGCUUUUUGUUCCUAAAGUCUUUGUCUUUUAAAGUUCCCAAAAUGAAGAUAACUGUGGAUUUCGAGGAAUGUUUGAAAGACUCCCCACGCUUCAGGGCUACCAUAGAGGAAGUGGAGGGGGAUGUGAGCGAGUUGGAAUCCAAGCUCGACAAACUGGUCAAGUUGUGUAUCGGCAUGAUAGACGCUGGGAAAGCUUACAACGCCGCCAACAAACAGUUUGUCAGCGGGAUCCGGGAGCUUGCCCUGCAAUCCACCAAAGAUGAGGUCAUCGAGUCGAGUCUGUCAAAGUUUGCGGAAAGCCUUCAAGAGAUGAUCAACUAUCACACGAUACUAUUCGAUCAGGCUCAGAGAUCAAUCAAGACCCAGCUGCAAACAUUUGUUAAAGACGACCUGCGUAAGUUCAAAGAAGCGAAAAAGCAGUUUGACAAAGUCAGUGAAGAGAAGGAGGCGGCGCUGAUCAAGAACGCCCAGGCUCCUCGCAACAAGCAGCACGAAGUGGAAGAAGCCACCAACAUCCUCACCGCCACCCGCAAGUGCUUCCGACACAUAGUCCUCGACUACGUUCUACAGAUCAAUGUACUGCAGUCCAAGAGAAGAUCGGAAAUCCUAAAGUCGAUGCUGUCCUUCAUGUAUGCCCACCUGACUUUUUUCCACCAAGGCUAUGACCUCUUCAGUGAAUUACAGCCUCUAAUGAAACAGCUCGGAGGACAGUUGGACCAGCUGGUGGUGGAUGCUGCCAAGGAGAAGAGGGACAUGGAGCAAAAACAUUCCACCAUCCAGCAAAAGGACUUUUCAAGUGAUGACACCAAGCUGGAAUACAAUGUGGACGCAGACAAUGGCAUCGCCAUGGAGGGUUAUCUUUUCAAGAGGGCCAGCAAUGCUUUCAAGACAUGGAAUAGACGGUGGUUCUCCAUUCAGAACAAUCAGCUUGUUUACCAGAAGAAAUUUAAGGACAACCCGACAGUGGUGGUGGAAGACCUGAGGCUGUGCACGGUCAAGCAUUGUGAGGAUUUAGAGCGGCGCUUCUGUUUCGAGGUUGUGUCGCCUACCAAGAGCUGCAUGAUGCAAGCAGACUCUGAGAAGCUGCGACAGGCGUGGAUCAAAGCGGUCCAGAACAGCAUCGCUACCGCCUUCCGCGACAAGGGAGACGACGCUGAGCUGGACAGGAAGUCUUCCACAUCAACAGGGAGUUUGGACUCUAGCGGGGAGCCCAAGGAGAGAUCACUGAAAGGGGAGAGUGCUCUGCAGAAGGUCCUCGCCAUCCCGGGCAACGCUUGUUGUUGCGACUGCGGCCAGCCAGAUCCUCGCUGGGCCAGCAUCAAUCUGGGCAUCACUCUCUGUAUCCAAUGCUCGGGAAUUCACAGGAGUCUGGGAGUUCAUUUCUCUAAAGUCCGCUCCUUGACGUUGGAUUCAUGGGAGCCAGAACUGCUUAAGCUGAUGUGUGAACUUGGAAAUGGCGUCAUCAACCAGAUCUACGAGGCUCGACGAGAGGAGCUGGGAGCGAGAAAACCACAGCCAGGAGACCCAAGACAUGAAGUAGAGGCCUACAUAAAAGCCAAGUACGUGGAUCGCAGAUUUGUGCGCAGGCCGUCUGACGAGGAGCUCCGGAGCAAGGUGAUGUCCCUCAGCAAACAGGAAAAGAGACUCAGCAGCAGCUCUGAGCAUCUUCCCCCUAGACCACCACCGCCUACGCCCAAACUACGGCCUGGCUCCAACAACUCUGGACAGUCAGCUGUUGCCAGUGGCUUGGAGGCCCGCCGGGACUCUCUCUUCUGUCCUGACGAGCUUGACUCGCUCUUCUCCUACUUUGACAACUCCUCCAAGCUCAGGAGCAUCAAAAGUGCAGACAGUGGCAUCCAGCAUAGUGCUGAUGGCAGUAGGGAGAUGCUGGCCACCACUCCCUCUAACAGUAGCUUGGCAGAUGCAGAUGUAGCUGAGGCUCCGCCCAUGCCAAUGCCCGCCGCCCUGCCUCCGCCGUCACCUUCCAAAGAGGUGGUGUUCUACGAGCCCAAGGAGUACAGUUCAGGUCUGCAGCUUUACUGGGCUUCGUGUGCCCGCAGCCUGCCCGAAAUGGCCGAGGCCUUGGCCCACGGAGCCGAGGUCAACUGGGUCAACACGGAAGACGACAAGAGGACGCCGCUCAUUAUGGCCGUGCGCGGGGGUUCUUUGGUCACCUGUGAGUUUCUACUGCAAAAUGCGGCGAAUGUAAACCAGCAGGACGCUCAAGGCCGAGGACCCCUGCACCACGCCACCAUGCUGGGACAUACGGGGCAAGUGUGUCUAUUCUUGAAAAGAGGAGCCAAUCAAAAUGCUGCAGACAUUGAAGAGAAAACGCCGCUGGUCAUUGCGGUGGAAGCAGCCAAUGCCGAUAUUGUCACUUUGCUGCGACUGGCCAAGAUGAACGAGGAGAUGCGGGAGGCGGAGGGGCCCUACAGCCAGUCAGGCGACGAAACCUACCAGGACAUUUUCCAGGACUUCUCCCACAUGGCCUCUAAUGAUCCGGACAAGCUGAAACGCUACCAGCACUACGACACGCACAAACCCUGACUCGGCACUUCCUCGUCACAUGAUGAUGAAAAGGAGGCAGAGCUUCAGUCAAGAAGGAGAACGGUACAAACUCUCAUGGACCUUCUGGACCUUUCCAUUCAGAGACUAAAUUUGCACACCUUCAUUUGUGUGGCGUGCUGAAGAAGCCAGGACAUGUUGCAGCGUCAGCGGAUCGACAUUUUUCCAGCGAGGAGUGACCAUGUGGGUAGUUUUUAAAGAACACCAUGUGGGUAGUUUUAAAGAACACCAUGUAGGGAGUUUUUAAAAACUACCAUGUGGGUAGUUUUAAAGAACACCAUGUGGGUAGUUUUAAAGAACACCAUGUGGGUAGUUUUAAAGAACACCAUGUGGGUAGUUUUUAAAGAACACCAUUUGGGUAGUUUUAAAGGACACCAUGUGGGUAGUUUUAAAGAACACCAUGUGGGUAGUUUUAAAGAACACCAUGUGGGUAGUUUUAAAGAACACCAUGUGGGUAGUUUUUAAAGAACAACAUGUGGGUAGUUUUUAAAGAACACCAUUUAGUUAGUUUUUAAAGAACACCAUGUGGGUAGCUUUAAAGAAGACUAUGUGGGUAGUUUUUAAAGAACACCAUGUGGGUAGUUUUUAAAGAACACCAUGUGGGUAGUUUUUAAAGAACACCAUUGUGGGUAGUUUUAAAGAACACCAUGUAGGUAGUUUUAAAGAACACCAUGUGGGUAGUUUUUAAA